AAUCCUGCCGACUUUCAACCUUCCCAUGGCCGACUUUGAUUGCCUAUUUAUAACUUCGAUAAACCCAAUAAAUUUCUUCAUCAAUUUAAUAUUUCUCUAGAUCUCACCAGAUUUGUUCAAUUCUCCCCUUCUCAAUUCUUUUUGUUCUUAGUCUUUGAUUUAUUUUUGUAAUAUAUUUUGUCGCGAACAUCUCGAUAUUCAAUGGGAGAAGUCGCAGUUCUUCAUCCACAAGAUAUUUUGAAGAAUCAAUUCAGUUGUAAACAUCGAAAUAAUUUAAUCCAACCACCUAUGAAAUCCAGGAAAAAUCCCAAAAAUUUGGUUCCUUCUAGCCCUAACCCUAGCUCUACUCCAGCCAAAGUCCGUCGCCGGAAAAGGAGUCCUGCUAAUAGUAGGAAUUCAACCAAAGCGUCGUCAGAUGACGACAGCAAGAGUCUGAUUAUGGAGAAGGUAAAAAUUUUGAAACGCGGCCAAGUGUUGGCUGAUGUAACGACGUCGUUGGACGACUCGUUGGUAAUUAAGAAAGAAGAGAACUCGGAGAUCGCGGCGAAGACGGUCACCAAGGAUUUGGUGGUUCCGACCUCCAAGACGGUAUCGAAACAGAUGGAUAUUUACGCUGGGACGGGUUUCAUUUUAUCGCCUGCCCCAAGCUCACUUCCUCUACCGGCGUUCUGCAAAAAGAAAAGCCUCGACAGUAAAAGCAAUAAUUUCUCCGGUGAUUUCAGAAGGCUCCUCAUGCUCGAUCUUGAUUGACUCUGACUGGGCUAAAGAACGAAGCUCUGGUUUACUGCUUAGAUUUCGUGGCUCCGAUCUGGCUAAAGAAUUUCCCUUAUUUGGGUCGGGUCGGAGGCAAGUGAUGAUUUCCACGGUGGAAUCCGACGUGUACUAUCACUCAAGACAACAGCUGUGAUCUGGAAUAACCUGGGAUGUUUAACCUUAGUUGUAAUAAUUUAUGUUAUACGGUAGUAUUUAGAUGAUCGAAAUUGUAAUCUUGAUUAUAGUGAGUAGGAUAAGACUGUCCCUAAUAUUGAUGUGGCAUGAGAAUUUUAUUUACGGUUCUCUUCAAAGUCAAUAAAACUUUUUAAUGUCGGCAGGAGAAUGGGAUUUGCGGGUUCUAGUGUCAUGAUGUACGUAGCUAUGGGUUGUAUGGGUUGAGGCCAAAAUGCAAUGAGUAAUAUUAAAAUUUAUAAUUGUAGUUU